AAAAACGACUCUUGAAAAACAAGAGCAGGGGAGCCAAGCUGAGGUUACUCGCCGGGUCUGUAGGAAGAAUCCUGACAGCAGAAAUCGGGGGAAACGAAUGAGAAAGCAAUCGAUCACAGCCUAUUGAUCACCAAAUUGUCUUUCUAUUUAAACGUUGACGAAAGUACACAGAUGGACAACAGAAAUACCCCUGAAGAUAAACCUGUCCAGCGCUCCAAAUCCUUCAGCUUCAAGACACCGAGGGAGGUGUGCUCGUCAUGUGAGAAGACCGUCUACCCCAUGGAGAGAUUGGUGGCCAACAACCUGAUAUUCCACUCGGCCUGUUUCUGCUGCAAACACUGCAACACCAAACUCAGCCUGGGCACAUUUGCUGCCCUUUCGGGGGAUUUCUACUGCAAGCCGCACUUCCAGCAGCUCUUCAAGAGCAAAGGCAACUAUGAUGAGGGCUUUGGCCGCAAGCAGCACAAGGAGCUUUGGACCUCCAAGGAGGGAGAGAACAUAACUAAGACUGCGUAGCCACGCCUGUCUGUGUCCCAACCGUUCUCCCACGGGAAAGGCUAUACGGACACUCCUGACCUGCAAACCGACUUUUAUUUUCAGAAUUGGUAACGGUCAGGGUUAGUUUUAGAUUUUGGUUGUUUUGCAGGUCAGGAGUAUCCUACUGGCAUUUCCCAUCUCAUCCCCAAAGCUGCCUCGUCUCCACCUCCAACAUGUCAUAAAGAGCACCAACGUGUCAUGAGGGAUGCAGUCAACGCUCCUGUGCGCUCGCUCCACAUGGAAGACACACACCCACGAUGACUGGCCGGUCACGCUCCCUGUUGCUCGGCAUUUUAUUUAGUGGGGUGUCUAUUCCUUUCAUUUGGUUUUAGUAUCAUUUUUAUUUUACAUUUGCUCUUUAGAAAUUGUUGAUUGUGACCAAACUGCUUAUUCACAAACCAGUGGUAUGUUUUUGCUGUCUUUUUGAGGACUACAAAUCAUUGUUUUCUUGUUUAUUUUUCGGAUAAAUUUGCACCCUUUUGACACAACAGGCGCAAGGGACCGUAUGCUCAGGUGAACAUAUGGUUAGAGAAGCUGGAGUUCACUCUCAGCUGUAGAGCAUACUCAGGUCAACCAUACUGAGCUAGGUUCAUUAGCAAGUUUGUAUUAUUUUAUGACCUCCUUUUCAGUUCCAUAUCGUCAAUUAAAUCUAACACCAAUUUUAAAGACCAGUCCUCUGCAUUGCGGUAGCACCGGCAGAAGCCCAUUUGUGAGUUUGUCAGGGUUCACUUAUCUGAGAAACAAACACGGUACUGUAAAACUGUCACACGUUCUCUCUCUGGGUACAUUUAGUUGAAUUCUGUCUCAUUGUUCAAAUGUUUUUUUUGCUCCUAUGAUCUGAAUGGCUGCUAGGUUUCAGUUCUGCAUGUUUGUCCUGUAUGAGUCUUAGCUGUACCUUUAGUCUGUACUGCCCUCCUGUGUUCUGGAUGACUUUUUAAAACUAAUCUGCUUCAUUGACUCUUAAUCUCACUUUACUGGUUUUAAAAUGCACUCUUUGCUCUUGUUAUUUGCUGGAUUUGACGGUCAUGCGAUAAGUUGCUCUCACUAGUAGAGGCUUUUUCGGCUUUAUUCUGAAUAUGAGCAGUAUCUCAUAGGUGUUUGUACAUAGCUUGUGCUUAGUGAACAUAUUGCACUAUACUGUGCACAUAUGACCAUAUAUGUUAACCAGACAAGUCAAUGUUAGAUUGACAGGGAACAUAGCCUAACAGGAAACCACAACUGUCACGUUAAUAUCCCCCGCUGCUUCCUGUCCAUGCAGAGCUGCCUGUUCAUGUACUAAAUUGGGCUAAGUUGGUGUGUAAAACUAAGCGGGACUUUCGGAUCUUUCAAGACAACUGUGAACUCUGGUGGGGGAACGAUGUCAAAAUCCUGUUGUCUGUGAUCUGCCAAUUGGGAAAGUCAGCUCUAGAAAGAGGCCAGAGUUUGACGCAGAAUUAUGAGUUGGAUGACCUUUUAAAACAAACAACAACAACAAAAAGUUUAUUUUUGAGUUCCCUGUUGUCUUGAAUGCUCGAAAGUCUGAGAAUUCAGUGUUCUGAAUGUGGCAGAAAUUCACAUAUGACUGGGAUGUCCUGAUGAGGCCACAAGUGAAAUCACAUAAUGUAAAAAAAAUAUAUAUAUAUAUUAUCGUGCUUCUCCAGUGACAUCACAUCUGCAAACAUAAAUAUCUUUUAUUAUUUUUAUAAAUGCCUCAUGGCUUUCUUGUCUUAACUGCAUCACGUGAUCCUGAGCAGAGGUGGUGGAUUUGUGAAGAUGGUUCACCAUUGGGGGAAAAUAUUGUCAGUUUCAGUCUGCCAAACAGGGUGGUCUGGUCUACUUUAUUGACUAAUGUAACCAGAAAGAAUGAGGGAGUGGGAUGUCUCGCUGCUGCGCCAUCUCUGAUUUUGAGCACCAGGACCUUUUAUUUUUUUUUAAUUACUUUUUUAAAAAUUAUUUCACCUUUAUUUAACCAGGUAGGUUAGUUGAGAACAAGUUCUCAUUUGCAACCUAGUACUAUGUGAGGGGUGGGCGCUAACAGGGAAUGUUGUUUGAACUGAGGCAUGUUCAGGGGAAUUCCUACGCAGUGAGUGAAGCCCAGGCCUACAGUGCUCUGAACCUCAGAGUAGCGCCUCCUGGUGGGAGAAGAGAGGUUGGAAAUGCUUGAGUCAGUUCAGCCAGUCCCAGUAAAGGCUUGAGAUAUUACUUAUCACACAAUUGUCAAUAAACACAUUUGCCCCCAGUAAUUUCUUCCGUAUAGCUUUUACUCAUUUUUUUUAAGAUGUGGGAGGGGCCUUGGGAUGAAACGGUUGUGCUACAGGUAUUUUUUUAGGUUGGAAUGUUCUAAAGCGACACCUGCUUUGGCCAACAAACUCGAUAGAUAAGAUUUUUAUUUUCUUCAUUCUAGCUUUAGAAUGAAACUAAAGCCAUUGAAUUACAUCAUUUGGGAAGUAUUCAAUGCCACAACACUUGAAUGACACAAUGUAUAUUGUGAUGGAAAGUUUACUGUGAAUUAUAAACUGGGUGGGUCGAAUGCUGAUUGGCUGAAAGCCGUGUUAUAUCAGACCGCAUACCACUGGUAUGACAAAUCAUUUAUUUUUACUAAUCUAAUAAUAUUGGUAACCAGUUUAUAAUAGCAAUGAGGCACCUUGGGGGUUUGUGCUAUGUUGGGAAUAUACCAAACAUCCUCUGGCUAUAUUGCUUAAUUAGAGCAUGCUGUGCAGAAUAGGAAAUAAAAUGUUACUUUUUGAUAAGUAAAUCCUUAGAAAUAAAUGGCAAACUAUUGCCUAACAUUUUAAUGCUUUUUCAAAACAAUUUUUUGUUUUUGAGUGCACAUACCUUUCUCCCUGUUCCAGCCUAUUCCCCUGUGAAUGAAAAGAAUCCUUCUGCUUGUUUUCCACUUAGUCCCUGUGGUGGAUGUGAGUGGCUUCACUCAGCCAGACGUUUACUUACCCGCUGAUCCUCCACUCUCCUGAAUGCUUUUCAUUUGUUCAGUACAUUUCCUCAAGUUGUAAAGUUAUCUAUUUGUUUUUAACAUUUUGUAACGGUUCUCGAGACCACCCAGAGUGCUUUGUAACCAAGAACAUCAUAUCAAAUAACACUGUGUCCAUAUCGUCUUAUGUGUGAGGAGUGUACCAAGGUACAAUGGCGUUAUCCUGUGAAUAAACUUUCUUUGUAUAGAGAAACAAACAACAAGAAAGUAGGUACACUUUUCCAUACUGGUACCAGGAGGCUCAGGUCUGAGAGCUGUGUGACUGUCUGUGUUCUGCGAGUCAUGUAGUUGUGUGCGAAAUUGGAUGUAGACUUAACAUUUAUUUUUCAAUGCAGGUGUCACUGUUGUCAAUGUAAAUGUAUGCAUUUACAAACAGAAACAGUCUGUAUAACUUGACCUGUGGAUGAUGACGUUUUGGCUCUUACUCGUCUUUCACCUCUCCUCUUCUUCUUUUGGAUUAUUACUCCAGUUAAAUUGUGUUUGUAGAACAUGAUUAUAAAUGGGAUUUGUCCCCCACCCACACAUACACACAAUCAAAUGUAUUUUGUUUGAUCAUUUUCUUUCCGUAGUGUUACAUUUUGACAUGCUUUUGGAAAAAUAAACGAAGAUGCUGGUGAUAAGUGA